GGGAACUCUGGCUCAUACUACAACAUAGUAGGUGGCAGUAAUGCAACUUUAAUGAUAGAUGCACCUGCCAUUAAACCAAACAAAGAAGAAGAAGAACAAGGCGAAGAAGAACUCCACUGCCCAGCAGCUCAACAAAAACGAUACGUCUGCAAUGUCCAAAACACCCAAACUACAGAAGACGGAGGACAUGGGACAUCUUAUUAAACAAAAUAAUGUGAGUGGUAUUUUUAGACACAAUUAAGUUAGCUAACGUGACCUUACGAAUAUUCAUAGCGAGAUCACGUUGGAGUCUCUUAAAGCCAUAAACUUGCUGUUUCAAAUGACUACAGUCAGUUCGCCACUGUGCCUCUUCAACUCAUUCAUGAACGUUUCUUUGGUAAUAUUGUAUCGUGUCUGUAACUCAGCUUGUCCCUUAUGAACCUGCUUCCUAAUCUAGCUAGCUUACAGCUAACUAGCUGGACUAAUAACAUCGGUGUUAAUGUGCGACUGUGAGACGAGUGCGAAGUUUUAUUGGGGGAAAAAAAAUAACUUCACUGUUAUUAAGUGUAGUUUGUCCAAAAUUACUACACACAUUAAUAUCUCCCCCUGUUUGUACUACAAUGCUUAUUUUGUAAAAAAAAAAAAAAAAAAAAAUUGCUUUUGCAUGAGUCUGAGCAAUUUAAAUUGGGAGAAAUAUUCAUUAACUUCAGUCCAAUGUAAUGUAAAAGUUGUUUUAAUUGGGGGUAAAUAUUAAAUUAUCUUACUGUUAUCAAGUGUAGUGUGAUCAAAAUUACUACAUACAUCAAUGGGCUCCUCCUGGUUAAGCUGCAAUGCUUAUUUUUUUUUAAAAAAGAGCAUCUUUGGGGUAUUUUCUAUUGGGAUAAAUAUUGAAUAACUUCAGUAUAAUGCGAUGUAGCACCAUCACAUUAUGUUCAACCACAUGUCGUGUUGGUAAUGCUACAAUACUUAGUUUGAAAAAACAUCUCUUUUAGUGAUAACUCAAAAUUCAAAAGUCAAACUAUAGCAUGUCGGAAAAAAGUCUUAAAAAAUCAUAGUAAAGUAUGUCGAAAAAAUUCAUAAAAAGUCAGUCAUGGAAAAAAGUUUGUUGAAAUAACUCAGAGUACUGUAUGAUGAAAUUUAAAAAAAAAAAAAGUCAGUAUAAUAUUUUUUUAAAAAAAGUCAAUAUAGUAAGUCGCUUGUUACAAAACUCACUGACGUCUCCGUAUACAGUUCAACAGAGAUGGAGGUCUGAUGUCUGUGCUUCACCUCAUCUCAGGAGAUCUUGCCAUGUUGAAAUACCAACAUUCCCUAGCUUACUACAACAUAAAGGGGGGGGGGGGGGGAUAAUGUGCUUCUGGAACAAGCAGCUCGGUCUGUGUGAAGCAUAUAUACUCUGCAAAAGCUUUGACUUGUUGUUAGACCUCCGAACCAUCCGUGGGGAAAGGGCUCUGACCAUUCAGCGGAAUUAUUCUAAGUGUCUGUUCAAUAAAAUACUUAAAGACAUUUGAGAGCUUUUCAUCACGUUUAUUUCUCACCUCAACAACAACAACAAAAAAACAAUUCUGGUAAAGUUCAUCAAAAAAUUCUACAAUAGGGCUGCAACUAAUGUUUAUUUUCAUUGUCGAUUAUUUCUUGAUUAAUCAAUGACUUGUUUGGUCUAUAAAAUGUCAGAAAAUGGUGAAAAUUGUUGAUCAGUAUUUCCCAAAGCCCAAUAUUACAUUCACAAAUGUCCUGUUUUUUUCUCCACAACCCAAUCUGAUGUCACACUGUUGUUCAUCCUCAGCAUUUCUUCUGUGCUGCACAUACCUGUCUGCGUCCUUCUCCCCUUUCCUCCUCUUGGUGGCUGGUGUGUGUGAGAAGUAGGAUGGAACCCUGUCAGGGUCAUCAGAUCGAUAGAAGUAAAACAAAACAAAAAAAGUUUAGUUAAAUGAGUGAUAUCAUUUCUGCAGACUGGUUAAGAGUUGGGUUUAUUUACGUCUCAGCAUCCCGACUCUCUCGCUAACUUUAGCUGCCAGUUGGUGUAACUCCUCAAUAACAACAAACCAUGUCAGAACAAUUACGCAAAGACAUGAUUUAUGGAUCAAAAUACAACAAUUAAUAUCCCCAGUGUUUACUUACCUUUGAUGAAGUGCUGUAAAUACGUGUAUACUUUGACAGCUGCCGUUGUUUGUUCUUUUUCGGGACAGAGGCACGUUUAAUGGCACAAAUCCACAAUGUCUUCCUUUCAGGAUUUUCUUUCUCGGGUGGGGUUCUGUAGAAAAACACACCAGCUUGUCUCCUCAUCGAUUAGUGCAUCCGAUUGCGCAACAACAGAAAUCACUCCCUUCGUAAGCUGCAGUUUUGCCAUUCACUUUUUUGUCUUUAACUAAGAAAACAUAAUUGUCCCAGGCGGUAUAACCACCUUAGCUGGGCUCACAGUAAAGCCAGUGCGGAAGUGCAUUAAAUGUGCACUCUGGCGACUCCUCUGGUAGCAAAAAGUCAGAGCUAAUAUAAGUGUAUGAUAAAGUGGCCCUACUUCUCACUGGAUUUAUCACCUCAAUCAAUACUGUAAACCUGAAGUUAUGGUCUCGAUCGCUAGUUCAAAUGUUCUGCAAUGCAGCAUGAUGUUCAUUUAGGAAACAAUGGACCCAUUGAGAGUAAGACUGAGGAUAAAGGAGGGUUUGCUUUAUGGCGUGGCUGCUUUGUGAUUGACAGGUCGCUGCCACGGCGUUGUCCGGCCUGUUUUUUGUCUUACGGCUUUAACACUUUCACGUUGUGUUUUUAGUUCAUACAAGUUGGUUGUAACCUGUUUAGUGGCCCUAAAAAUGUCUUCAUUCAUUCAGUGACAAAUCUGAUCAACAUAGUCCAGCUGUGCCCACUGGCACCCAGGAGAACAUCAGGUCACGCCCCUUUUGGCCCAACAGAUUACGUCAUUACAUGCACUUCUUAUAUACCAUCUAAACUGCAAGGGUACAACAAAAGUUAAAAUAGUGUUUUCUUAUCGUGGUGCCAUAUUGAUGCAGUUCUUAGAUAGAUAGCUUAAGCUUAAUAUUCUGUAAAUGCAAAUAUCAUUACUGUUUUUUUAUGAGUGCAAUAGUUCCUCAUUCACUAAACUCAUUUUUUAAACUGGAUUAGUUGUGAAAUGAAACCCUGCCUGUAUAUACUUCAUCAUUCAUGUGUUACUCUCUUUAAACCAGACACAGUGAAAAUGUAUUCACAUAUUAUGAUAUAUUCAGAGUUGCAUUCAUAUUAAAUUAGAUUAGGUGAGCUAUUUUUCCCUCUUGAAUAUAUAAUCUUUAUUGACAAUCCAGUUCCCACCUUUUGCAAGCAUUGCACAGCCGGCCACAUGACUCACAAUAAGCUGAUGUCAGGCAAAAUAGCUCCAGUGCCGUAUGAUCGUUAGUCAUAACACCGUUUUUUUGGAGAAGCAUGAAUCCUUGUUUGACACUCAGAUCUAAUCACUGAGAAUUUAAGUCAUCUUUAAAAACAAAACCAACAUCACAUUGGUGUUCAGCAUGAUAAACAGUUAAGCAACAUAAUGUGAACUUUACCACUUUAUUCAACAUAAAAUACAGUAUUAAUGUUAUGAGUCCAAAACAGAAACCAUGCUUCUCGCAGCCUUUUGUUGAUGGAUUUAGUAUUUUUUUUCCACAGUUGGCUGGAGGCCUGCCUGCGCUCGCCUCCCUGCAUAAUUUCUGCUGCCUGUCCCAAGACGGCGAGGUUUCAGUGCUCUUGCUGACAGGGCAGAAAUGGCUUAAAUCAGAGCCCAGACGCUUCCACUGACAACCUGCUGCUCAUCACUGUCAGAGCAUGCACGUAUAGGCAAACACCCACACAUACUUUUACACAUGCAGAAUAAUUAACAAGGUCUACAUACAUGUGAUAUCUUUUCCCCUUGGCACACAUACACAUUCACGGUUGUGCAUCGCACACACUCAUGCAAGGAAUCUUGUAUGAAGGGAGGUUGGCAUCAACACUAGACUAGGAUAUUUGCUAUUUGGCCAAUCACAGAAAAUCUCCAAAUUAACUCAGAACAAAAAGGUCUGACUCCUAUCAUUACCUUGCCAUAUACUUAAAAUGGCUGAACUAAUUUAAGGAUUUCACUAUUAUUUAUGUAAUGUAGCACACAUAAGAGUCAUUAUUCAUAUUCUGUUAUUCAUCAAGUGUUACUAGAGUUAAUAAGCAAUAAGUCAACGAGGUGUGGUGAGAUGGAGUCUCUCCAAAUUUGCUCAAACUUUUAGCCUUCUGAUUCAUUUGUUUUUAAAUAAAGCAAAUGCAAAUAGUGAAUUAAUUUAUGAUCAUAUCAGACCUGAAAAUAAAAAAUGUUUCAGUCAAAAUAGAUAUUUAAAUUCAUAACAAAUACUUAUCAUGAUACUGUACACACCACUGAUUGCAGAGUAGCUUAUAUGAUGAAGAUGAUGUGUUUUUAACCUUAUAGGCCUUAUUCUCUCAGUGUGGAUGAAUGCUGAUGUGAAGCUGAAGUUAAUGGUAUAGCUGUCAAAAUACACGGCAUUAUGGCACAUGUAUACCAUAAUAAAACCAUGAAUAUCACUUUCCAUCCUUACGUGAAGCCCAGUUUAUGAGUCAGCCUGGUCAUUUCAGUAAACUCGUUACAUGGCUGUGAUGUUGAUUUGUCUUGACUCAGCUGCUUCAGACUGACAGAUAACUCUGGAUUUCAUGGCACCUGUGCUCUUUUCCUCACAAAAAGGUGUCGGAUUCAUUUUAGUUCAUAUGAAUGUCAUCACUUGUAGUGCAGUUUUCCAUAUUUGUUGUGUUAGCUUGAACCACUUGAGUCAUGGAAACUCUGUCAGCCUCUGCUUUGCGCAUGGUCAGACCCCUAUAGGCAAAGAUGUACAAGUAGAGGGGACUAUUGUGAGCCUUCAUCGUCACUGUCAUCCGGAUGAGUAAGAUGACGACGCUAUUGAGGAGACAGGCAGAGAGGGCGUGGGGAGAUCUUAGACAUGGUGAGGGAGGGAGGGCUGGGUGGGGGUCUGAGGUAGAUAAAAAGAGGGAGAGUGUGGCUCCCCCCUCUGAGGAGUUCUGGGAACCUUCAUGACUGACCAGAGAGCCGGGGAUCCAGUGCGAGGUGCCGGACAGACCGCUUACAGCUGUUGUCCAGUGUUGAGGGUGUUGAGAGAGUCCAGAUCUCCUGUUGCUGUCAUGGGCUUCAGGGCGGUGCUGCUGUCCUUCCUCCUGGUGUCUCUGAGCUGCUCCAGAGGAGCCGUCAUCACAGGGGCCUGUGAGAGGGACGUGCAGUGUGGUUUUGGUCUUUGCUGUGCCGUCAGUCUAUGGCUGAGGGGCCUGAGGAUGUGUGCCCCAAGAGGUGUGGAAGGGGAUGAAUGCCACCCCUUUAGCCACAAGGUGCCCUAUCCGGGGAAAAGGCAACAUCACACCUGCCCCUGUCUCCCCCACUUGAUGUGCACCAGGUACAGUGAAAGCAAGUAUAGAUGUACUGACGACUUCAAAAGCCUGGACUUUUAACAGACGCCCACACAUUCAGAUGAAGAAGAUCAUAGCAGAAACAGCAUUCAGAGUGAAAAAAACAGGCCGUGGAUCAGAAACACAUAUUUAAUCUUCACUGGCUGUUUUCUUCAUUUGCGUACUCUAUGCACUAUAAUACAUAGUUUGGAUUUCAUCAAUCCACACAUCAAGGACUGAAAGAGAAAUGUCAAGAGAGUGUAACCUAUUAACAAGAGCCACAGCAGACGUCUGAUACUUUGUACUUUAUAAAAGCAAAGAAGAUAUUUGUGAACAAUUGAACCAUCUGCUGUUCUGUUUUCAUGCUCACUUUAUGUUAAAUUGUCAAAAGAUAUAUAUAUAUAUAAAUAUUAUUGUCAAUAAAAGUAUGAUUACAACAUC